GGGGCGGCGGCGGCGGCCAUUGGCUGGGCCCGGUGCGGCCGCCAGUGCCCCGCGCCCGGCCGCCGCCGAUGGAGCUCCCGGGGACGAUGGAGCCACUGCCGCCGCGGGGCUUCUCCGAGCAGCAGUUCCAGGCCGCCUGCCGGGAGCUGGACCAGCCGGCGCCGGCGGCGGGGGGGCCCUGGCAGCUCCUGGUGGAGACCAUGGGAGUGCGGAUUUACCGGCUGUACGACGAGCAAUCAGGACUUUAUGAAUAUAAAAUCUUUGGUGGUCUUGCUGACUGCCCCCCAGAACUGUGUGUGGAUGUCUAUAUGGACCUAGAUUUCAGAAAGCAAUGGGAUCAGUAUGUUAAAGAACUGUACGAGGAAACAUACAAUGGAGAAAAAGUCAUCUACUGGGAGGUGAAGUUCCCCUUCCCUCUCUCAAACAGAGAUUAUGUCUAUAUUCGUGAGUGCCGGGAGAUGGCUGUGGAUGGGCGGAAGAUCUGGGUGGUGUUAGCUCAGAGUGUGUCUGUUCCUCAGUGUCCCGCAAAGCCUGGCAUCAUCAGAGUGAGCAGCUAUAAACAAAGCCUGGUGAUUGAAAGUGAUGGCAAGACUGGCUCUAAAGUCUAUAUGUACUACUUUGAUAAUCCUGGUGGGAUGAUUCCAUCGUGGCUGGUCAACUGGGCUGCCAAGAGUGGGGUGCCUGCUUUCCUGAAGGAUAUCCAGAAAGCUUGCCAUAGUUAUCCCAAGAGCACAUAGGCUGGAGUGGAUCUGAAUUGCUUCAUUCUUAGAGCUCUGCACUUACAGGAGUGGCUGUUAAUAUAUCACCCUGGAUAAAACCUACCUCUAAUAUGGGAAAGAAUUGUAUUUCAGUUGGUUUAUGCCUUGAAUUUUAUGAGAUUGUUGUUUCCAUCUCCAACUGAAGAGCCAACCACUGACAAGGCAACACCAACAGCAGCUGCACCUCUUUGGAAGCACUGAAGUUUAACCUUGCCUCCCAUGCUUUGCUUCUGCCAAUUGUCAUCUGUCAGCUGCAGGGGUUCUGCUGGUUGAACUGUUAGAUCCUGGAGCAAGAGAUAAUGAUCUUGCUAGGAAAAAUGUCUGAAUCUGAACUGAAAAUCAUGCCUGGCUCUGCUUUUGUGGCCUUGCAGGGUGGCUUCCUACUGAAACUGUACAAUGGGACUUGCAUUGCUUAGGAGGAAAUACUUCUGGUACCCAAGAUCUUCAUUCUCAAACUGUCUGCCUGCUAUAAACCUAAAAAAUACUGAAGGCAUGGAGGUGAAUUACAAAAAGUCUGCAGAAGGAUCUGUAAUUCUGUGUUACUAAACUUCCUGGUGACAGCUCUAAGUCCAGAUCUGAAAGGACUUGUGCCUGAAGCUUUGCAUUCACAUCUUAAUACCCCUGUCUGAAAAGUAAAAACCAUUAGCUGUGUCCUGCCAGAAUAAAAGAAAAGGAGGAGCUGGCUUCCAUGUCUGGUGUAAGGGGAACAAGUUACAUCUUCAGGGUCAGCCUUAUCUGUAAAGCAGCUUGGACACCAGCUUGAAACUGGAAAUGAUUUGUAACCGAUGCCUGCACCUGAAUGUGAAUGAAGGGGCUGUGCAGCUUGGGCUUGUUUCUGUUGUUAAAGCUCAUGCUGCUGUAAAGGAUGAAGCUGUCAUUUUGGCUGGUAAUCCACUGCAAGCAGAACUGAGCAGCAAAAUGAAAUUUCCAGCACCUUUGAUAGUGGGGGAGGAUGGAGAGCAUGAAAGAUGAGAGUGCCUUGGUCUCAGGGAUUUGAAUAUUCUGCAUUGCUCCUAAAGCUAAUCCUGUAACUGAACAAUUCUUGUGAUGGAGCAGCCUUGUCUUGUUGAAGCACUGGCUGAAGUGAUGGCCUUUGUAUUUGGUGUAAAUAUUG